CGUCACGUGACGCUCUGCGUCUGCUUCGGCGAAGUGAUGCGCAUGCGUGAAAUCCGAAGAAGCAACAACCUUUAGCCGGAGAAGCUAGCUGGCUAGAAACCAAGAUGGAAUACCCAAGCGGCUGCUUUCUUUUCACUGCGGGGUUGUUUUUCGGGUUUUGAGAAAGAGAUAUGACAUCUGGAGUCGUGGAAACGUUCAAGUUUUGGGACAUUCGGUGGGAAAAAGUUGUUUUUGGAGUUCAAACGGGGGGAAAUAGGUGUCAGCGUUUAGCUCAGAUGUUAGCUAGCUCUCGGCUUUAGUGCUUACAUAAAAAACAAACAGCCCCAUCAGCUGCGGCUCACUGGAGGAAACACAGCCUUCUAGAGAAGUAGCACUGCUGGAUUAUUCAUAUCCUGCUUUCUUUAACUGGACACUACUCUUCAAUUUGUGUUUGUCCAAUUUGGGUGUUUAUAUUUCACCUCAGAGGAGAGUGAAGCCAAAUGUAAAUUAAGCUUCUUACUUGCUUAACGCGCAGGACUUCACCCACCUGCUCUCAACUCUUUAUAUAAAACAGCUGCAGAUUCAUUUCAGUGUUAUCUAAAUAUCUAAACAUCUAAAUAAGUGACAUUACCUGGAAAGUUUCCAAGCUGUAGACCGUUUCAGACCGCCUCCUUGUUGUGAAGGGGGCGAAAGGGGGAGGUAACAACACCGACCUUCUACCCAGAGCCGGUGUGUUUGGUAAGGGACCACGUUUGCUGGUUUUCAUCGCAGGAGAGGCCACAGAUGAGGACUAACUCGGACUAACAAGGUCGUAUGACUCGAAUGAGUCCUAACUUAGUUCUAAAUGGCCUUCAGUGAAAUCAGCCUCGAUCUGUUAGUGAGUACCAAGGCGAUGAUUUCUGAGCACCUCUGGGAGUCAGACUGUCAGUGAAUUAUCUUCAAGAAGCAUAUUUUUUCCCCAUCACGAAGAUGGAGACAGGUGCGAGACAACACCUGGGGGAAAUCUUCUCCCACCCGCUCACCCACCCUGGAGCUGCGGGGAUCUGCCCUGAGAUGCUGGAGGUGGCAGAGGAAGCGAACCGGGCUGGGGACUACAGCUUAGCCGCGGAGAUCUACAGCUCCCAGCUCGCAGACCUCCAGCAACCGGACCGAGGCUUGUGCUUGAGGAAAGCGGACUCUUUAGCCCGUGCAGGGCGGAUAUCUGAGGCUCUGGACUCGUACUGCACAGCGGCCAGUUUAGGGAAGCUGCGCCCGGAUGAGCUGCCCCUCCUGGUGGAGACCAUCGCUCGGACUCUACGCGAGAAAGAGCUGGGCAUCACCUGGGCGUUAAAUGGACAUGUGAAGAACACUAGUAGUAAUGGGGAGGAUGGGAUUGAGACUGAUGGGGAUGUCGUGGAGGAUGAAGUGUUGGAUUUGUUUUCAUGUCGCCUCUGUAAGUGUCUCCUCCACGAGCCCUCCACCCUGGAGUGUGGACACACUUUCUGCAAACGCUGCCUGGACGAUGACUCUGUCAAGGAGUGUGUGCAAUGCAAGCAGAAGUUGAACAAAAAAGAUGGACUAGCAAAAGGAAGGAGGUUGAAUGUUGUUCUCAGCUGCCUGCUGGAUAAAUUAUUUGCAACUGAGAGCAAAUGUAGGAAAUUCUGGAUAGAAGGGGAGCUAUCGUGGAAGAAUCAGAACCUCUCAGAUGCCUUGGAGAAGUACAAUGCAGCAGUAGAUUUGGUGCCCUCUUCUGGUCGACUGCUGUGUCAACGGACCGAGUUGCACAUGGAGAUGAGGAACUUCAGUCAGGCAGUGCAGGACGCCAGCAGCCUCUGUAGGAUGAAACCUCUCUGGACGAAGGCUCACUGUCUAAAAGCCACUGCGCUCAGUAAAGCAGGACGAAAUGACGAGGCCUUGCAGGAGUACUUCAUGUGUGUGGCAUUAAACCCCGACUGGACCAAAGUCAAACUGGAGGCUCAGAAGGUUCUCAGUGAGCUCUUCUCCUCCGUGUUUGAGAAUGAGGACAUGCCGACACCUCUGCACCCUCUCCAGGGCGGUAUGGCCACCCGCCUCAUCAAACCCCCUGCCUUGCUCAGAUCGCUGAGACCGCUUACACAAAGACCUUGCUCCUCCUCCUCUUCCUCAACGUCCUCACAGGAUUCAGAGUUCAGCGUGACUAAAAGUGCUCCAGCAGACGACUCGUCCUCCAGACUGUCUGCGGCGACUCCCGGUAAAUCAGACAUUGCUGCAGUGGAGGAAAGCACCAAAAGCCUGGCUGGAGUUCUGGCUGGUCUGCCGGCUCCCUCUGGUGGCCUAAAGAGGAAACACAGUGGAGAUGGUCCCUCGGCGUUAUUCAGCACUCCCUCUAAACUGCUCAGACCUGAUGAGGUAAGCAGCUCCAAGACCCCAACAGUGUGUGGAGGGAGGACGGUUCCCGCUGAGCUGCUGGACAGUGGAGACAUGGAGUGUUCGCUCUGCAUGAGGUUGUUCUACGAGCCGGUGGCAACCCCCUGCGGACACACCUUCUGCCUCAAAUGUCUGGAGCGCUGCCUGGACCACAACCCCAACUGCCCUCUGUGCAAAGAGAAUUUGUCUGAGUGUCUGGCCAAUAGGGGAUACAACAAAACUGUACUCAUGGAAGAAGUGCUGCAGCGCUACCUUGGAGACGAGCUAGCAGAGAGGAGGAAAAUCCAUGAAGAGGAGAUGAAGGAGCUGUCGAACCUGAACCAGGAAGUGCCCAUCUUUGUGUGCACCAUGGCCUUUCCCACCAUCCCCUGCCCGCUGCACGUGUUCGAGCCCCGCUACCGCCUCAUGAUCCGUCGCUCCAUGGAAACGGGGACCAAGCAGUUCGGCAUGUGUAUAGCCGAUGAGAUCAAAGGCUUUGCUGACCACGGCUGCAUGUUACAGGUGCGGGAUGUGAAGUUCUUUCCCGACGGGCGCUCAGUGGUCGACACCAUCGGCGUGUCGCGGUUCAAGGUCCUCAGUCAUGGCCAGAGAGACGGCUACAACAUCGCCAAGAUCGAGUACCUGGAAGACAAGAAGGUGGAGGGGGAUGAACUGAUGGAGCUUCAGAAGCUGCAUGAUGCCGUGUACGAUCAGGCCAACAGCUGGUUCACCUCUCUGAAAGACAACAUGAAGAGCCAGAUCCUCAGCCACUUUGGACACCUCCCCAGCAAAGACACCGACCCACAGGCGAGUCCCAGUGGUCCAGCCUGGUGCUGGUGGCUCCUCGCUGUCCUUCCCUUAGAGAACCGAGCCCAGCUCACCAUCCUCGCCAUGACCUCCCUCAAGGACCGUCUCAUGGCCAUCCGUAGAGUCCUCAUCUUCGUCACACGGAAGAGGCCGCGGUGAUCGGGGCGUCAGCUCGAGCCUCCGCACAGCUCAGCAGUUCAUUCAUCAGCUGUCCGGUCGUUCAUCUGCUGAAUUUGACUGAUCAAUUCUCUGGUUUCUACUCGUGUUUACUCAUCCAUUUACUAAAAAUCAAUCACCUCAGACCCACAGAGGAGGAAGAGAGUCACUUGUUUUCAGAGCAGCAGGUGGGCUAAGUCUCUGUAAAUCCAACACUCAGCCCGCCUGCCUCAUCUGUCCAUCACAUCUCUGAACGAGUGAGCGACUUCCUCUCGUUCUGCUGUCACCUCACACAACAUCCACCCAACUUUUUUUUAUGAAGGAACAAAAAAGACCGUGUGUUUGAGCAAAAAGGUUCAAGAGGAACAGAUUUUUCUGCAUUAAACAAACGAGUAUUCUCAUCAGCUGAAACAGAAGGUGGUCCGCCACAGAGCCGUGUGGCGUCCAGAAUCCAUUGCUGACAGUGUGAACAGGUGCAGUCCAAACAGAAACUCACAUCACUGAAAGACGAAGCAAAAACAGAAACACUUGGCAUGACGGCAACACACAAAGUGAAUGUACUGCUCUGUAGUAGGAGGACAUUUUUUCUUUUUCUCAAACAUUGACAAAAUCUGUUCAGCAAGUUGCACAUGAGGUCAGAUCCCUGUAUGCGAAACGUGCUACAGCUGCUUCUCUCGAAAAUCUUCCUGACUGAGCCGAAAUCCAUGUGCACAAAACCUGGAGCUCCAAAUCCGCUGCCUCACAUCGUGGUGGGCUCGUACCUCAGACUGUCUCCUUAAAAAAACAGACUAUAACGUGUGAGAUCAACUCUACAACUGCAUCUCUCUCCUUGGUUUUUGAAAGGAAGAAGUGUUCAAGGUCCGGGCUGUCUCAUAAGCUCUAGUUGCAGUUAGGAAAUGCAGAUACUACUGCAUCCUUCCAGAUUGACUGGAUCUGGAACUUUCUGUCCUAUUGUAGCAUAUCUCUGGGACUUCAGAUACAGACUUAGUUUUAGGGGUUGAUUGUGUACUUUUUAUUUUCUGUUUUUCUCUCUGCUAUGCCCUUAAGUGUAAGUGUAUGGUGAAAUCUUAAUUUGGGUGAUUUUAUAUGUAUAUCAAUGUAACUCGGAGGCCUUUGUAAUGUUUUAUUUAAGGAGCGUUUCACCCUCUAUCCAUCUCUCUAUUGUUUUCUCUUUCAGUACAUUUACAUGCACAUUGCUGGGCGAUCAGUGCUCACAUUUGGAGCUAAAUGGUAAAGAGUAAAUGUUAACAUCAGUGUUUCUCAAUCAAACGCAUCAUGUGUAUCCUGGAAGCAACAUAAUGAUUUUCCCUCCUUGUACAAAAUUAGAAAAAUAGAUGUAAUGUUUCUUUUUACCCUAAAUGGCAUAAAUCUGAGUCUCUGUGCAAAAUGUCACCAACUGCUGAUCAGUUGAAGAACUUAAAACCUUUAUGUUUGUCACAAUUUGUGAGCAUGACUCAAAGGAAGUUGGCGAAGCUGCACAAUGUAAACUCAAAUCUGCAUCAACCUUUAAUUGAAGGUUGAGUUUUGGACCACUAGGAGCGCUGUAGAGCGAUGAUUUUAAAUGUUAUUCCAUUUGUUUUUUAUCUUUUUCCAGAGUGAGGUUUCCACUUCUCUGCAGCUUGUUUAAUAUUGUUAACCACAUCAUGAUAGUAGCAAUGUGUCAACAGAUUCCAAACUGGUUGUGAAUGAUUGGUUUUUCAAAAUACUCCAAACGUAGUCCUGCAAAGUUUCCACGAGGAUCCAGUCUGUUUUACUGAGAAACACUGAAUGCAAACCUGUCUCAUUUUGAUACAAAUUCAAUGGUGUACCUCAAAAGGAUGGAUGUAUGAUAGACGUGUCAGUGAAGUGCUUAAGAUUCCACAUUUUUCAGUGACUUGCAAAAGGAAAUCAAACAUUUAGAAAUCUCGUUAUUCCAAAGAGUGAAAAACGAUCUAAAUCACAAAUGUCUUCACAGGAGAUGUCUGGUUGUAAUUCCAGUCUUGAUGUGCAUGUAAAUGCACCGUUUCUCUGUAUAAUUCUGUCCUUCCAGAUGUUUGUGACUCCACUGCAGUCAGUCGCUCACCACGCGUGGGGCGGGGUUCACAACGUGCUGCAUUUCCCUGGUAUAUUUGUAAAGGGAGAUCUUAUACCUAUUUUUUAUUGCAAAUAAAGAAAAACACAUUCA